CAACAUAUACGUAUACAACAAACACUCAAGAGAAGCAACUCAUGUAUCGAAUAAUAGCAUUUUUCCAGCAGGAUCAGUUUAAUUGCAUUUUUCACUUUCUUCAAAGCUGGAGGUCUGUGCAAGUGUGUAAAUGUUAAUUUUGAAACCGUCUAAUAAUAAAUUGAUUGAUACUGUCUCAAAGGUCACUUCCUCGCUGAGUUCAUCUAAACUGAUCCUGCUGUAAGUGAGCGCUUUUCUGAUAAAUAUAAUGCUCCCUUAAUGGUAAGUGUGAAUUUGAAUCGCGCGCUGCCCGCCGCCCGCCCGCGCCCUCUAUAUUUACAACAGCUGGACCGAUUUAGCGCAUAGUACAAAAUUGACGUGGCAUUAGUUGUUGUGUUUCGUAAUAUAGCAAUAUUUUGAAUAAAAACAAUGGGUUUGACCAUUUCUACGGUGUUUUCGCGUCUUUUCGGGCGCAAGCAGAUGAGAAUAUUGAUGGUGGGGUUAGAUGCCGCUGGGAAAACCACUGUUUUGUAUAAAUUAAAAUUAGGCGAGGUUGUUACGACGAUACCGACGAUCGGGUUUAAUGUCGAGACGGUAGAAUACAAGAAUAUUUCGUUCACGGUGUGGGACGUCGGUGGUCAGAAUAAAAUCAGGCGGUUGUGGUCCUACUACUACCAAAACACGCAAGGGUUGAUUUAUGUUGUUGAUUCAAAUGAUAGGGAGCGGAUAGGCGAGGCAGCUGAGGAGCUUAAAAACAUGCUAAUGGAAGACGAACUGCGAGACGCAGUUUUGCUAGUGUUUGCCAACAAACAAGACCUACCUAAUGCUAUGACAGCGGCCGAAUUGACCGACAAACUGAAUCUAAACCAGUUGCACAAUCGCCGCUGGUACAUCCAAGCAACUUGUGCCACCCAAGGCGACGGUUUAUAUGAAGGAUUGGACUGGUUGUCAAAUGAAUUAGCUAGUAAAUAGUUAAUUGCUUCGCCUAGCAUUUAUAAUUAAAUUUAAGUUUCUAUUAAUCUAAUUAGUUUUCCUGUUUGUGAUUUAUAUAAUAAGUGACUGAAAAAUAAAGAUUCGUAAAAAAACCA